UUUACGAUAUCGCCCGAAGUGCACUGGCUCUAUCAGUUUUCCUUCUAGAAACAAAGUGCAGCUCCAGCUGGCCUCAUCAUAAUCAUCAACUAAAAAUUUCAGUGUGGAAGAAAGUAAUCAGGAACCGGAGAGCGGAACGUUUCCGGUUUCCUGGUUGCGUUCGGCAGAAUGCCAGAAUCAGUGCGUGUCAGGUCUCGGCGUCUCGUGUCAGGCAGCGCUUGGCGAGCAUUUGUCUGCAUAUAUGAAUGAUAUGAGCUUGAUGAAUCUCACAAUCAGCUGGACUGGCAGUCACUCGACCUGAGAGUAAUUCGUCCACAAAGGGAUCUGGAAAACGGCGGACCUUUUUUUUGCAACGGAAACAGUGCGCAGUAUCUCCGUAGCCACUCUGACUUGUUAGUUGUACUUGUUACUGACGCAGUGGCAGCGGCAUCGGUUGUGUUGUGCAGCCCUCCAUUUGAGCCAGGUCGUGCAACGCACAAGGUUGCACAGCAGAUUGAUUUGCGUUUAGCAGUGGGUAUCGAAGCGUUUGCUGGUUUAGCCCUGUCUGAUGUUAUCUUCCGGCGAUGCCAGCCCGUGAUGCACCGUUACCGUUGACGUUUCCUGCUACAUACAAGCAUCAAAUCGUUGUCUCUUUUGAUUGCUUUUGAGAUUUUUGGGAGUUGGAUUUUGGAGUCCCAUGCUCAGUGAAGCCAUCUGGGAGAACGAUUUGUAAAGUGGACAGUGACUAUCGUGCGAGAUCUCCAUGGUAUCGACGAUGGAAGAGGAAAUUGUCCGCAUUGCCAAGAAAUUAGGCGAAAAUCCCAAGCUCAUGAGGAAGAAUUUGGUCAAGGCUGAGGCAUUUGCCGUUGCCGUGGACAAUAUUCCCCAGAAUUUGGAUAGCAGUUUUUAUUCUACUAGCAGAGGAGACAGUUUUGUAUUCGGCCGUCCACUCGAAUGUCUCACCACUAUUCCUACGGUUAUCAAUUACAAUGACCGAUUUUAUCCCAUAAAUGUGCCGACAAUUGCCUAUGAUCUCGGGCAGAAGCUCAUGGAAAAUAGUGGAGUCACUGGCAUUGGUCGUAUACCACCGAACGCCAAGCGAAUGGAGAAAACUAUGGAAGCAAUCGAUUCGGGAGCGACUGUCCGUAAGCUUCCCGGCUUGCACGUGCAUGAUCUCGGUGGUUUGUUAAAGCAGUGGACGAGAAUGCUUCCCUCUCCGAUUCUGCCGGAUUUUGUCUCAAUUUAUUUCCUGCUGAUUUGUGAAAAAAUCAGCUUGCGGAAGAUGAGCGAAAUGGAAGCGUACGCCCAGUUAUUAUUCUUUGCAAAGUAUAUCCCCUUGCGUUACAAGGAAUUAUUGGCCUAUCUUUCCUAUGUUCUGUGGAACAUUUCGCAGAAAUCUGAUCUCAAUGGCAUGACCGCAAAGAAUCUGGCUAUCUGCUGUCCACAUCUGUUUAUUGGCUCCUUUGCACAACGUUUGGUCAGCGCCCAUCAGCUGCAGUCACUGAUUUAUCUCAUGGAGUUCUUUAUUUCCAAUCCGCAUAUCUUGUUGUCUGAUGACAAAGCCGCGGUCUUGAAAGAGAAUAAGGAAGAAGUCUUCCGCUUGACGUUGUCCAAACCAGUAAUGGAUCCCUUUUUUACAUUCCCACCCGUUUCAUCUAAUAGUCAUGCCUUCCCGGCAUCACGAACCGGAAUUCGCCACAGUAACGUCCAAGGUCGUGGUGUGCCGUUCAAGGCACUAAACAGCCUGGCUAUGGACAUAAAAAACCGAAUUCGGGAAGGUUUGGGAAUAGCUUGUUUGAAACCGGUUGAAGAUGAUACGGUGGAGGAGGCCAGCUCCAGUCCCAAGAUGCGCUUUGUAUCACCGGAAAUGUGUUCUCCCAUAACCGCGCCCGCCCUGGAUGCCACACUGGACAUGCCCGACAACAUCUAUGCGCUGAUUACGCCGCCAAGGGAUCAGUUUCGUGCCAAACGACACAGCUCCACCCGUGCCAGUGUUAUCUCACGGCGGAGCUAUGAUGAUCUGGAUCUGCAUGAGAACUUCAGCGGUGAUAUGGUCUUUGGUCCCUUUGCGUUAGACUUCGAUCAUGAUGCGGAGGACUGGUGCAGUCCGCAACGCUCUUACGUGAGCACUGCUAGUCGGACAUUUUCUGCGGACUCCUUUGUGACUGCGAAUGAAGAUGUUUUCGAAAACGAGUAUCGCCAGCAGCGAUCCAACGUUUCGGUCCGACGGUGACCAGUUGAUGAUGUUCCUGUGCAAUGUCCACCCACAAUGCUUUCGCGAAAUUGCACAACCUCGGUAGUAUUUUACCUGUCGUUAUUGUUCCAGCCUACCGAAAUUUUUAUGGCUAUAUUUGGUUUUCUCGUUUUUUUUCCGAGGGUUAUUUUUUUGUUAAAACACACGUCGUAAUAUUCAUUAGAAAGUUUUAAUGAAUGUAAUUUGUUCUCAUGGCUGCACUUAUGAGAUCAUGUAAUUUUCUCUAUUUUUUGCAUCGCUGGUGUGCGAAGAUGAUGAUUGAUUUGGGCUAGCUUUCGUAGUAAGAUGUAUUAUUCGUCGUUUGUCUGUCCUGAGCGUCAAGUAAAUGCGUUUCAGCAUCA